AUGCAGAGCUCGACAAGUACAGAUCAACAUGUGCUGCAUCACAUGGACCCACACCGAUUCACGUCGCAAAUACCUACUGCAACAUCGUCUCAAUUAAGGAGAAGAAACAGUACGAACCAAGGUCUAACUGACAUGAUCAAUAAGAGUAUCGCCAGAAACACAAUAAGCGGCACUGGCAUUCCCACAGGAGGCGUAAAUAAAAAAAAGAGGGCAAGAAGCACGGUUGCGGGAGGUACAAACAGUACAGCAUUCGCCUUCAAUGAUAAAUCGAACAGUAGGAACAGCAGCAAUAGAUUAUCAAUAAAUCAACUUGGCAGCCUACAGCAACACCUGAGCAAUAGAGAUCCGAGACCACUAAGGGACAAAAAUUUUCAAAGCGCUAUUCAAGAGGAAAUUUAUGAUUAUUUGAAAAGGAAUAAAUUUGAUAUUGAAACAAAUCACCCCAUUUCAAUAAAGUUUUUAAAACAGCCCACUCAAAAGGGGUUCAUUGUCAUCUUCAAGUGGUUAUACUCAAGACUUGAUCCAGGUUACGGCUUCACUAAGUCUAUAGAGAAUGAGAUCUAUCAAAUAUUAAAGAAUCUGCGCUAUCCAUUUUUAGAAUCAAUAAAUAAAUCACAAAUUUCAGCCGUAGGUGGCUCCAAUUGGCAUAAAUUUUUAGGCAUGUUGCAUUGGCUAGUACGAACGAAUAUUAAACUGGAUAUGUGCUUGAAUAAAGUAGAUCGUUCACUAAUUAAUCAAAAUACACAGGAAAUAACAAUCCUGAACCAGCCUUUAAAGACUUUGGAUGAACAGGACCAAAGACAAGAAAGAUACGAACUUAUGGUGGAGAAACUGUUAAUUGAUUAUUUUACAGAAUCUUACAGAAGUUUUCUAAACCUUGAGGAUAAUUAUGAGCCUUCGAUGCAAGAGCUAAAAUUAGGAUUUGAAAAAUUCGUUCACAUAAUUAAUACUGAUAUAUCCAAUCUUCAAACUCAGAAUGACGCUCUUUAUGAGAAAUAUCAAGAAGUUAUGAAAAUAAGCCAAAAGAUCAAAACCACUAGGGAAAAAUGGAAGGCUCUAAAGAGUGAUUCUAAUAAGUAUGAAAACUAUGUCAACGCAAUGAAACAGAAGAGUCAAGAAUGGCCAAGUAAACUGGAAAAGAUGAAAUCUGAGUGCGAACUGAAAGAAGAAGAAAUUAAAGCUUUACAGAGUAAUAUUGGCGAAUUGCACAAAAUUUUAAGGAAUAAGGGAAUUUCAACUGAACAGUUCGAAUCGCAAAAUCACGAAAGAGAAAAGCUGACAAAGGAACUGGACAAAAUAAAUCUCCAGUCUGAUAAAUUGACAAGCUCAAUUAAAUCUAGGAAACUAGAAGCCGAAGGAAUAUUCAAAAGCUUACUGGAUACAUUGAGACAAUACGAUUUGUCGAUACAAAAUUUAACCAAGUCGCGCGCUCAAUUAGGCCAUAAUGUUGAUGAUUCGUUACUAAAGAUCGAUAUUCCAGAGAACCUAUUAGACAGAGACUUUCAUGAAGGAAUCUCGUACCAGCAUUUGUUUCCAAAAGGAUCUGGAAUUAACGAAUCCAUCAAAAAAUCCAUAUUAAAAUUAAACAAUGAUAUUCAAGAAAGAAUAAAAACUAUUGAGAAAGAUAACGUAACAUUAGAAAAAGAUAUCAAAAACCUAAAGCAUGAUAUAAAUGAGAAAACUCAAGUCAACGAAAAGCUUGAAUUGGAGUUAUCGGAAGCGAAUUCCAAAUUUGAGCUCUCUAAGCAAGAGAACGAACGAUUACUAGUAGCACAGAGAAUUGAGAUUGAAAAAAUGGAGAAAAAAAUUAAUGAUUCAAAUCUCUUAAUGAAAACCAAAAUUUCAGAUGCAGAAGAAUUAGUGACUUCAACGGAACUGAAAUUAGAAGAAUUGAAAGUUGAUUUAAAUAGGAAACGAUACAAACUACACCAACAAGUGAUACAUGUUAUUGAUAUAACAAGUAAAUUUAAAAUUAAUAUUCAAUCAUCAUUAGAAAAUUCCGAAAAUGAGCUAGGAAAUGUUAUUGAAAAGUUACGAAACUUGGAGUUUGAAACUGAACAUAACAAAACAGAGUAA